CAGGUGAAACAUAUACUCUAAAAUUGAUAUUAAAGCAGUUGAACAAAACCAGCAAGAGUUGAUAGAAUCCAAAAGAAACUUUUGUGUAAAGCUUUACAUAAAUAGAACAGUUGUUAGAAUCUUAAACAUUACAAGAAUAAAAUAGUCGAAGCAAUAUUCAGCAUCAUGGAACUAAGUCAAGUUGAAGCAAUUUUAAAGCAAGAAGAAGCAAAUCAUUUAAAAGCAUUAAACGAAAUACAAAUGAAAUUGCUACAGAUAAGGUCAUAUCUCCGUAGUAAAGAAUCAGAAGAGAAUCACUUUAAGUUGUAUAACCCUUCAAUAAAUAAAGAAGUAUACACACCGUGCCACAUCUGUGAAAAGGAGAGAGAGUCAUGGCAACAUGAAGCUGUAAAAAAAAUGUGUUUAUCAAGCUCACAUCACAGCAUAAAAGAAAGAAAAAGUUCUGAUGACCUAUGUUCACCUUUAGGCAAUAAACCAAACGAAUGGUCCUCAAGCUUAAGAGCAAAACCUUUGACAGGACCCCCAAUGAAGACGUGCUUAUCAUGUGGAAACAAUAUUCAUAGAAAUGCACCUGUUUGUCCAAUAUGCAAGGCAAAAAGUUACUCAAGAAAUAUUAAAAGAAAAAUUAACUUGAGUGAAUAAAAAUACGCUUAAAAAAAUUUUAAAACUUCAAACUAGUUUAAAAAUUUAAACCCUGAAAUGUA